GACUUGAUUACGCUGGGCAUAGGCAUUAUUCCUCCUCCUCCAUUGCCUUUGCCUUCGCCUUCCUUCUCGGAUCUGUGGCUGCCCUCCGCCGUCCUUUAUCCUUCAUCAUCGUCCGUCAGCCGUCGUCAGACAGACUUACGACGGCAUUUGAAUUCUGAACGCUGCAAUCUGGACUGAUUGGUGCGGUGCCGGCAUUUAACCAAAGCAAGAAAGAAUGCUAGGAGUUUCCAGAAUACUGGAGCAUGAGAAAUGUGAAAGCUACUUGGUUUUCAGCGGCGAAACUGCCCUUGCAGACUCCUUCCGGACAUUUUUAUAUUUUCUUGGUCUUGCUUAUUGUUUCAUUGGAUUAUCAGCUGUAACUGCUCGAUUCUUCCGCUCUAUGGAAAAUAUUGUUAAGCACAAAAGGGAGGUGGUAGAAAUAGAUCCCGUUACUCAUGCUGAAGUUAUUAGACAUGACAAAGUAUGGAAUUACACAAUUGCAGAUAUUAGCUUACUGGCUUUCGGAACUAGCUUUCCUCAGAUAUCAUUGGCCACCAUUGAUGCUAUACAAAACAUAGGAAACCUGUAUGCUGGAGGUCUGGGUCCUGGAACUCUUGUUGGUUCUGCUGCUUUCGACCUUUUCCCAAUCCAUGCUGUUUGUGUAGUUGUUCCAAAAGCUGGAGAGCUAAAAAAGAUUGCUGAUUUAGGAGUAUGGCUCGUGGAAUUAUUUUGGUCCUUCUGGGCUUACAUUUGGUUAUACAUAAUUUUGGAGGUAUGGACUCCAAAUGUGGUGACUUUGUGGGAGGCCUUGUUGACAGUAGCGCAGUAUGGAUUGCUGUUGAUUCAUGCUUAUGCUCAAGACAAACGUUGGCCUUAUAUUUCUUUACCUCUUGCAAGAAGUGAGAGGCCAGAGGAUUGGGUGCCGGAAGAGACAGAUUCUUCCAAACAAGAAACUCAUGACCAUGAGGAGUUCCCUGAGAUCAUUUAUGACAGUGAAGAAAAUAAGGAUGUUGUCGACAUUUUUUCCAUUCAUUCAAAAAAUGAGACUGGCAAUUACCAGACGGGGCUUAAUGUGAUGAAGGAUCCUUUGUAUCAAAGAGUGCCUUCAACAGAGAAUGAUGCUGAAACCAUUGACGAUGCUACGGAAACGGUGUUGGGUGAUACUUAUUUUCUUAGACUUUGGAAACAGCAAUUUGUGGAUGCAAUUAUGUUGGAAAGCAAAAAUUCAAAAAAGCUGGACAACAUCUAUCUCCGCGCAGCUAGAAUUUUCUGGCAAUUGCUCCUUUUACCAUGGAGACUUCUGUUUGCUAUUGUUCCUCCAUGUCAUAUAGCUCAUGGUUGGAUUUCAUUCAUCUGCUCUCUACUUUUCAUCAGUGGGAUAGCUUACAUCGUGACUAAGCUUACAGAUAUGAUUAGUUGUGUUACAGGAAUAAAUCCUUAUGUCAUAGCAUUUACAGCAUUAGCCAGCGGAACCUCCUGGCCUGAUUUAGUAGCAAGCAAGAUAGCUGCUGAACGCCAAACAACUGCGGACUCUGCCAUCGCAAACAUCACUUGCAGUAAUUCAGUGAAUAUAUACGUGGGCAUUGGGGUUCCAUGGCUGAUUGACACCGCAUAUAACUUUCUAGCGUAUAGACAGCCUCUGCGGAUCCAGAAUGCCUCAAGCCUAAGCUUUUCAUUGCUUGUUUUCUUCGUUACCUCUUUUGGGUGCAUCACGGUUUUGGUUAUUAGGCGUCUAGUUUUUGGUGCAGAGCUUGGAGGGCCAAGGCGCUGGGCGUGGCUUACCUGCAUAUAUUUCAUGUUGCUCUGGAUCAUUUUUGUUCUGCUAUCUUCUCUCCGGGUUUCUGGGGUCAUAUAAAAUUAUAUUUCAGUUUCUCUCCUUUUGCCUCACAUAGGUUUAUGAUUUUGGUUUGUUCAUCCAUGCUA